CCGCCACUUACAUUCGCAGUGCCACGACUCCCAGGUCAGUCGGCAAGAUGAAGACCACUUGGAAGGAUAUCGCCCCGGUGCCAACUUCUCAAGAAUUCAUUGAUAUUGUCCUCAGUCGGACGCAGCGGCGGCUACCCACCCAGAUCCGCGCUGGGUUCAAAAUCAGCAGAAUUAGAGGUUUCUACACUCGCAAAGUCAAGUUCACAUCCGAGACCUUCUGCGAAAAGCUGCAAGCCAUUCUGGAAGGGUUUCCCCGUCUCCAAGACAUCCAUCCGUUCCACAAAGAUUUACUCAAUACCCUCUACGAUGCCGACCAUUUCAGAAUAGCACUAGGCACGUUAUCGACGGCCAAGCGGCUGAUUGAGACCGUGGCAAGAGAUUACGUUCGACUCCUGAAAUAUGCGCAGUCACUGUUCCAAUGCAAAUCGUUGAAGCGGGCCGCGCUCGGUCGUAUGGCCACAAUCUGCAAGAGACUGAAAGACCCUCUGGUGUAUCUGGAACAAGUACGACAGCAUCUAGGACGUCUGCCUAGCAUCGAUCCAAAUACUCGCACGCUUCUCAUCUGCGGUUAUCCUAAUGUCGGAAAGUCCAGUUUCCUCAAAUCAGUCACCCGUGCCGACGUGGAUGUACAGCCGUACGCAUUCACCACAAAGUCCCUUUUUGUCGGACAUUUCGACUACAAGUACCUCCGAUUUCAAGCCAUUGAUACGCCCGGUAUCCUGGACCACCCGCUCGAAGAGAUGAACACCAUUGAAAUGCAGUCAAUCACGGCGAUCGCACACUUGAGAUCUGCCAUCCUCUAUUUUAUGGAUCUUUCAGAACAGUGCGGAUAUUCAGUCUCGGCACAGAUGGCUCUUUUCAACUCAAUCAAGCCAUUGUUCGCAAACAAACUUGUCUUCAUCGUGAUCAAUAAGACGGAUGUGACAAAACCUGAAGAUCUAGAUCCCGAACAGCAACAACAGCUCAAGGAUCUCCUUACUCAAAAUUCGAACACCGAACUUCUUCAAUUAUCGUGUAUCACCAAUGAAGGCGUUCAAGAGGUCAAGAAUACGGUCUGCGAUCGACUUAUUGCUGACCGUGUGGCUGCGAAACUCAAAGCUGGUCAAGCCUCACAGCCCGCAAUUUCCGACGCUCCAACCGGACGAUUGGGAGACCUGCUUGCGAGGAUCCACGUUGCAAGACCGCUUGAAGGCGCAGUCAGCGAAACAUACAUUCCAGAAGCGGUCAAGAACGGCACACACAAGAGAUACGAAAUGUCUGACCCCGAGAGACGGAGAUUGGAGCGCGACAUUGAAGAAGAAAAUGGUGGUGCGGGCGUUUACAACAUCGAUUUGAAGAAGUUUUACGACCUGGCUGAUCCAGAGUGGAAAUCGGACAAGGUUCCAGAAUUCUUUAACGGCAAGAACAUCGCGGACUACGUCGACCCGGAUAUUGAAGAGAAGCUCAACGCCCUCGAGGCGGAGGAAGAGCGUUUGACACAGGAGGGAUUUUAUGACGAGAGUGAUAGUAUGAGUGAUGAAGAGGAUGCCGAGAUACGAAUGAAGGCGAACCUGAUCCGCGACAAGAAGACGUUGAUGAAGAACGAAGCGCGGAUGAAGAAGAGUCUCAAGAACAAGGCGCAAAUUCCACGGGCGAAGAAGUCGCGGACUCUGGGCCAGAUGGAGAAACAUUUCACCUCCAUUGGUCUGGAUGCGGCUUCCGCCACCGAUCGAGCUAGGGCACAGAUUCGGAAUGCUCCUGCUCCUUCGACUGCUGGGGAUCAGAUGGAGAUUGACACCCCUUCUGCGAGGGCGAAAUCCGUCUCCAGAGCACCGAAGACAAACAGGUUGACCGACGGGUUGGGCCUCAGUGCAACUGGUGUGACGGAUCCUGCCAAGCGUGAAAAGGCAGAGCGCAUGUCGAAGUUGAGCCAGCGGAAGAUGAAUCGCAUGGCCCGGCAGGGUGAGGCUGAUCGACACGAGACGGCGUCCUUGCCUGCUCAUCUACUCAAGGGCAAGAGAAAGAUGGGUACGAACAGGUCGAGAUAGUCGGAUACUUGGUUGAUCUCUUGAUGAUGUGAUGAGGCGUACAUUGUAGUUCUUGCGGCAUUGGGUUGUGGUUGUUGAUAAAGGAGUCUGAGUGAGAGUGACCCCGAGUUUUACACCAUCUGCUUUGGCGUUGACAAGACCAGAGCUUGAGCAGAUAGCAGACAAUAUCUAUGCCUGAUUACUGCUUGAGACGAGUACGCUGUCCCUACCAUGUUCC